CGUUCCACAAUGCCCAGCCGUUCCGCUGCGCCCUGCACUGGCCACCGAGUUCCGAUUCCGGCCGUUGCGCUCUCAGAUUUCCACAGACACGACCCACGUCCAAUUGUGAGUUUUCGCUGCGCCGUGAAUCGCACUAAAGAGCAGGAAAAUAGUUAAUUUCCAACAGUUAAAUUGGAGACCCAAAAACAACGCCAAAAUGAUCGCCGCUGCAUUGGGUCAUCUGUAGAGUCGUCAUUGCAACAGCACCACCACCACCACCACCACCAUAAAAUGCAUCCCAUGCAUCCCGAAAACCACGCCAUCGCCCGGAGCACGAGCACCACUAACAACCCAUCUCGCAGUCGGAGCAGCAGGAUGUGGCUCCUGCCCGCCUGGCUGCUCCUCGUCCUGCUGGCCAGCACUGGCCUGCCAGCAGCCAGAGGCCAGUACCAGUCGCCGCGCAUCAUCGAGCAUCCCACGGAUCUGGUCGUGAAGAAGAAUGAGCCCGCCACGCUCAACUGCAAAGUGGAGGGCAAGCCGGAACCCACCAUCGAGUGGUUUAAGGAUGGCGAACCCGUCAACACCAACGAAAAGAAGUCGCACCGCGUCCAGUUCAAGGACGGCGCCCUCUUCUUCUACAGGACCAUGCAGGGCAAGAAGGAGCAGGACGGCGGCGAGUACUGGUGCGUGGCCAAGAACCGAGUGGGCCAGGCCGUUAGUCGUCAUGCCUCGCUCCAGAUAGCUGUUUUGCGCGACGAUUUUCGCGUGGAGCCCAAAGACACGCGAGUGGCCAAAGGCGAGACGGCGCUGCUGGAGUGUGGGCCGCCCAAAGGCAUUCCAGAGCCAACGCUCAUUUGGAUAAAGGACGGUGUUCCCUUGGACGACCUGAAAGCCAUGUCGUUUGGCGCCAGCUCGCGCGUUCGCAUUGUGGAUGGUGGCAACCUGCUGAUCAGCAAUGUGGAGCCCAUCGAUGAGGGCAACUACAAGUGCAUUGCCCAGAAUCUGGUGGGCACCCGCGAGAGCAGCUACGCCAAGCUGAUUGUCCAGGUCAAGCCCUACUUCAUGAAGGAGCCCAAGGAUCAGGUGAUGCUCUACGGCCAGACGGCCACUUUCCACUGCUCGGUGGGCGGUGAUCCACCGCCGAAAGUGCUGUGGAAGAAGGAGGAGGGCAAUAUUCCAGUGUCCAGAGCGCGAAUCCUGCACGACGAGAAAAGCCUGGAGAUAUCCAACAUUACGCCCACCGAUGAGGGCACCUACGUCUGCGAGGCACACAACAAUGUGGGUCAGAUCAGCGCCAGAGCUGCCCUAACAGUCCAUGCUCCGCCCAACUUUACGAAAAGACCCAGUAACAAGAAAGUGGGACUAAAUGGCGUUGUCCAACUGCCUUGCAUGGCCUCCGGAAAUCCCCCGCCGUCCGUUUUCUGGACCAAGGAAGGAGUGUCGACUCUCAUGUUCCCAAACAGCUCGCACGGAAGGCAGCAUGUGGCCGCCGAUGGAACCCUACAGAUUACGGAUGUGCGGCAGGAAGACGAGGGCUACUAUGUGUGUUCCGCAUUCAGUGUCGUCGACUCCUCCACGGUGCGUGUGUUCCUGCAAGUCAGCUCGGUGGACGAGCGUCCUCCUCCGAUCAUUCAAAUAGGUCCUGCCAAUCAGACACUGCCCAAAGGAUCAGUGGCAACAUUGCCCUGCCGCGCCACGGGAAAUCCCAGUCCCCGUAUCAAGUGGUUUCACAAUGGACAUGCCGUACAAGCGGGCAAUCGAAACAGCAUCAUCCAAGGCAGCUCACUGAGAGUCGAUGACCUUCAACUUAGUGACUCUGGUACCUACACCUGCACUGCAUCUGGCGAACGAGGAGAAACCUCCUGGGCAGCCACACUGACGGUCGAGAAACCCGGUUCUACGUCUCUUCACCGCGCAGCUGAUCCUAGCACUUAUCCUGCCCCUCCAGGCACACCCAAAGUCCUGAAUGUCAGCCGCACCAGCAUUAGUCUGCGUUGGGCCAAAAGCCAAGAGAAACCCGGAGCGGUGGGACCCAUUAUUGGAUAUACUGUAGAGUACUUCAGUCCGGAUCUGCAAACUGGUUGGAUUGUGGCUGCCCAUCGAGUGGGCGACACUCAAGUCACUAUCGAGGGGCUCUCUCCUGGCACUUCGUAUGUGUUCCUGGUUAGAGCUGAGAAUACUCAGGGCAUUUCGGUGCCCUCCGGCCUAUCAAAUACUAUUAAAACCAUUGAGGCGGACUUCGAUGCAGCUUCUGCCAAUGAUUUGUCAGCAGCUCGAACUUUGCUGACAGGAAAGUCUGUGGAGCUAAUAGAUGCAUCGGCUAUUAAUGCUAGUGCCGUGAGACUUGAGUGGAUGCUCCAUGUGAGCGCAGAUGAGAAAUACGUAGAGGGCCUGCGCAUACACUAUAAGGAUGCCAGUGUACCAUCCGCACAGUAUCACUCGAUCACUGUUAUGGAUGUCUCUGCAGAAUCGUUCGUGGUGGGAAACCUUAAGAAGUACACCAAGUAUGAGUUCUUCCUAACACCCUUCUUUGAGACCAUCGAAGGACAGCCCAGUAACUCCAAGACAGCCCUCACCUAUGAAGAUGUUCCCUCCGCACCACCGGAUAACAUUCAGAUUGGCAUGUACAACCAAACCGCCGGUUGGGUGCGUUGGACUCCGCCGCCCUCCCAGCACCACAAUGGCAAUCUGUAUGGCUACAAGAUUGAGGUCAGCGCCGGGAACACCAUGAAGGUGCUUGCCAAUAUGACGCUCAAUGCCACCACCACAUCUGUGCUCCUCAACAACCUAACCACCGGAGCUGUGUACAGUGUGAGGUUGAACUCCUUUACCAAGGCGGGAGAUGGACCUUAUUCCAAACCUAUAUCAUUGUUCAUGGACCCCACCCACCAUGUGCAUCCGCCACGAGCACAUCCUAGCGGCACCCAUGAUGGGCGUCACGAGGGACAGGAUCUCACGUACCACAACAAUGGCAACAUACCCCCCAGCGACAUUAACCCCACCACUCACAGAAAAACCACUGACUACCUAUCUGGACCCUGGCUAAUGGUGCUAGUCUGCAUCGUGCUCCUAGUCCUGGUUAUUUCGGCGGCUAUUUCGAUGGUCUACUUCAAGCGGAAGCAUCAAAUGACCAAGGAAUUGGGUCACUUGAGUGUGGUCAGCGACAACGAAAUAACCGCGUUGAAUAUCAAUAGCAAAGAGAGCCUGUGGAUAGACCAUCAUCGUGGCUGGCGAACAGCCGAUACUGACAAAGAUUCAGGACUGAGCGAAUCAAAGCUACUGUCCCACGUGAACAGCAGCCAAUCCAACUACAAUAACUCCGAUGGAGGAACCGAUUAUGCAGAAGUGGACACCCGUAACCUCACCACCUUCUACAACUGUCGCAAGAGCCCCGAUAACCCCACACCAUAUGCCACCACCAUGAUCAUUGGCACCUCUUCCAGUGAGACCUGCACCAAGACAACGUCUAUCAGCGCCGACAAGGACUCGGGAACUCAUUCGCCCUAUUCUGAUGCAUUUGCCGGUCAGGCGCCAGCAGUUCCUGUGGUCAAGUCCAACUAUCUGCAGUAUCCGGUUGAGCCCAUCAACUGGUCAGAGUUCCUACCCCCGCCGCCAGAACACCCGCCUCCGUCGUCUACCUAUGGAUACGCACAAGGAUCUCCCGAAUCUUCGCGGAAGAGCUCCAAAAGCGCCGGCUCGGGCAUUUCCACAAAUCAAAGUAUUCUGAACGCCUCUAUACACAGCAGCUCGUCGGGCGGCUUUUCCGCUUGGGGAGUUUCGCCCCAGUAUGCUGUUGCCUGUCCCCCGGAAAACGUUUACAGCAAUCCGCUGUCGGCGGUGGCUGGCGGCACCCAGAACCGCUAUCAGAUAACGCCGACCAACCAACAUCCGCCACAAUUACCGGCCUACUUUGCCACCACGGGCCCGGGAGGAGCUGUGCCACCCAGCCACCUGCCAUUUGCCACACAGCGUCAUGCAGCCAGCGAGUACCAGACUGGACUAAAUGCGACGCGCUGUGCCCAGAGCCGCGCGUGCAACAGCUGCGAUGCCUUGGCCACACCCUCGCCCAUGCAACCCCCACCGCCAGUGCCCGUGCCCGUACCCGAGGGCUGGUACCAGCCGGUGCAUCCCAACAGCCACCCGAUGCACCCGACCUCUUCCAACCACCAGAUCUACCAGUGCUCCUCCGAGUGCUCGGAUCACUCGAGGAGCUCGCAGAGUCACAAGCGGCAGCUGCAGCUCGAGGAGCACGGCAGCAGUGGCAGCAGCAAGCAACGCGGAGGACACCACCGUCGACGAGCACCGGCGGUGCAGCCGUGCCUGGAGAGCGAGAACGAGAACAUGCUGGCGGAGUACGAGCAGCGCCAGUACACCAGCGACUGCUGCAAUAGUUCGCGCGAAGGCGACACCUGCUCCUGCAGCGAGGGAUCCUGUCUCUACGCCGAGGCGGGCGAACCGGGGCCUCGCCAAAUGACUGCUAAGAACACCUAAGGACGAAGUAUUUGGGACUCCCCGAACAGGGGGGGGAUUAGUAUUAAAGAUAGCAUCUAGUCUAACUCUUCAUUCAUAUCGAACUGGAAAUCAGUCUAGGAACUGAGUGAACUCAAAGUUUCUGCAUCAGUUAUCGACUAGAAUAAUUGAUGCCAUGAGUCCACGUGCAACAUGCCUCUCCGGACAUGUUGCAGUGGAAUCAGCGGUACUACACUCAGAUACACAAAUCCACACUUGUCACAAUCAUGGGGGCAUUGUGCAGCUUUAGCAAUUACGAAUUUCCCAUUAUCACCUCUACCAGCGUAGAGACUCAUAGACAGGCACAAUGCCCCCCCCAUCCCCAUCCCCAUCCAUGCACCACAGAAAUGUUUUCCCCAAACGGAAAGGGGGAAACGAAAACCUUUGUACUUAAGAGACGCGAGUGCUGUACGAUAGAUAUUGCUUGACGAGCGCGAGGAGAUAGUAAUCACUAACAUAGCAGGGAUCAGUGUCCCAGCAGAACUUCAUUAAAAUACGUACUCAAAGGAACUUAUAGCAGAUGAUAAACCAGAUCAGGCCAUAGCAAGUACACACAGAUACGGUGACUCACGACGACGACGAAUGUAUGUAGUUAGAACCAAAGUACACCGUUUGUACAGCAUGUUUUGGGGCUUUCGAAUCGGAAUCGGUCCUAGUCAAUAGGCUUGAUAGCGAUACAAAUACGAUACUGAUACUGAUACUUGUAUGCAAACUCUUUCAUAUCUACGAUCACAAUCGAGCACUUGUCUCCGACUCGAACUCGAACUUGUGGAGUUUGAGGGCGACAAGUGAAACGGCAGUUGCAAUGUUUAAUGGUUAGUGCUUUUCUAUAACAAGGAAUAAUAUACUUCAUUGACCCAGUGAAUAUAUAUAUAUACAUACUAAACGACACACCACACUACUACUUACACACACCUACUAUACAUAGCAUUUAGACGAGUUGAGGAGCUGCACAUGGCCAGCAGAACCAACCCGAGUUGUCCGUUCCGUUGUCCUGUCCCUGUGCAGAUCCCUCCAUGACACAAUGUUUUCUACAAUCUUGCAUUUUGAAAAGUCUAAAAUGUACCUGUGAUAUAACCCCAUUAUACAUUAUACAUUAUGCAUUAUAUUAUUUUAAUAAUUUGUAUAUUUAUGGUUUCCUAAUUUCGAGUCGCGUUUUCUGUUCAUUCUGUUCGAGCAACGAGGAAUGUUUGUUAGAAAUCCCCACACAGACGGAUUUUUUUUUGGGCGCGUAUAUAGCAUAAUUUAGAUCUUAGGCACGUAACACAUUAGAAAUGCAAAAUGGAUAUAUCAUCAAAUCAAAUCGAAUCGAAUAGAAUCGGAGUCGAGGUGGAGAAGAGAAACGCUCGCAGAGUCCGACUCGCCCGAAGAGACCCAUCCACUAAACCCCGGAUCGUGAGUUGAAUGGGAAAAGAAAGAAGGGGUACGAGGUGGGACUAGAGUCAACGAAUCGUUUAAACAAUACUAAACACACAUAUGCAUUACACUUACCUAUAUAGAGAUCAUAUAGCACCUAGAACCGCGCAUGUAUCAAAUCAAAUCAAAAUAUGCUUUAGCAUACACUCACACACAUCCACUUCCUUGCUAGCCCAGAUCGCCCAGAUCGGCCAGAGCAUGUACAUAUAUAUAUUAUAUAUAUACAGCAUACUCCUAAUCCUAAUCCCAGUAUCGAAUCCAACUUGCUUGAGUUGAACUGCCCUUCCGUAGCCAUAUACAUAUAGAGAAAGCGAAGCAUAGUUGGGUCUGGGUUUUAAUAAUUAGCAUCUAGUUUCUAGCGUUGUGUAACGGGAGAGUAUUUUAAAGUCAUAGCGUAAACGAAUUUUAAGAACGAACCGAACCCCUUAACAAAAGCGGACAUUUAGUUUUUAGUGCGUAAUGCCAUGAACGAACUUUUUCAAAAGCAAAAAUAAUAACUGACAUUUACUUACGAUAUAAAUACUAUAUCUAGAUAUAUACAUAUAGCAUUUAAAAUUACAUAAACAAUAA